AUGCGCCGGCGGUGGAAGGUUACUGCCGGCGAUGAUUCAUCCCCGUGGGCGUCUCUGCACGAGGAUUUGAUUUUGGUGACUGGCACGAAAUGUCAUGCAGUUUGCUAUUCAGUUUACAGGCUAGCUGAUCUUAUGAUGAGAAGGACCGUCCCUCUGACAUCCAUAGAUGGCAAUGCACUCUUCGUUGGUAGGACUAGGAGGUCACUCUGUGUAAGCUCUAAGCUGUUUCCUACCAAUGUGCCUGACACCAUUGUCUUGCGCGAGUCCAAAAUUUAUCUAGUCAAUACCACCUCAGUAAUGCAUGGCACAUUAUCACAAGCAACGGAUGGAGUAAUAAUCGCAGAAGAAAAAGAUAUUCCAGAUCCUUAUUAUAGCAUCAUGUGCCACAUCAUAACUCGCUGUUCUCGUUUGUAA